AUGGAUAACGAGGAUCUUACUGCAUCUCAUUGGGAUGAUGUAGUGUCACCCAAUGAAUUUGGCAGCACAUCAAAUACAACAGCCACAAACAGCUUACAUCAAUCAAUCAUUACUCCAUUAAGCAAUCAAUUCAACGGGAUUAAUAUUGAUGAUCCAUUUGCUAGUCCAUUAGGAUUUCUGAAUCAACAGCAAAGACAUAAUGACGAGGAAGAAGAAGAAAAUGACGAGGAAGAGGAGGAAGAGUUACAACAACUGCGCCACCAGGAAUUCUCUAGUCCAUCCCCUUUUUACGAUUCCAAUCAAGCAGAAUAUGAACAAAGAAACGAAUUGAGAAAGGAACAAAGAAAAGAACAUAAACACCAACUCUUAUCUGAAUUGACCCAUGGGUCUGAAGAUAGUGAACUUAUGCUUGAAGCACCAAUAAUCCCUGACGAUCUUACAAAUUCAGAAUCUUUGUUUCAAGAUAAGGGCAGUCCAAUUAAGGUUUCGAAAGAUGCAAAGCCUAUCAUUCCCAGUUCACCUACAAAAACCAUUAAUUUCAAACAGGGUCAAUUUAAAGCCAGACCGCGGAAAUUUAGCGCAAAGUUAAAUGUUCAACAUUUGUCAAGCAGUAGUAAUAAUCAAUUGGGACCAUUGGGAGGUAAUGAAGGGGAGAAAUCAAAUGAUAGAAAAUCACCUCUGGUGAGCAAUGCAGAUUCACUUGUUAAACAAGCUGAUGCCCCUCUUUAUUCCAUUUCACGGAAGACUGAUAAUCGCGAGCCAGCUAGCGCCUCUACAGAGUCCGCUACAGUGAUCGAGUCAGGCAGUACCAUCAAGAAGAAACCAACAGUGGAAGAUGAAGACAAUCCACAGAAUAACAAAUUAGAUAUUUCCGUGGGAGAUCCUAUGAAAGUUGGUGAUAUCACUACUGCUCAUAUUGUAUACACUAUCAAAACUACAAACAAGAAUUUAGAAUCGGACAAUUUCCCGAAGAAUGAUACUACUGAAGUGACAAGAAGAUAUCGAGAUUUCCGCUGGAUUUAUCACCAAUUACAAAAUAAUCAUCCAGGAAAGAUAAUUCCACCACCACCUACCAAACAAACCUACAUUGGCCGAUUUAAUGAAAAUUUCAUCGAGAAUAGAAGAUUGUCGCUUGAGAAAAUGUUGAACAAAAUCAGUCACAUCCCCGUGUUAUCAAAUGACCCUGAUUUUGUGAUGUUUUUAACUAGUGAUGAUUUCAUCAAUGAAUCUCGAGAGCGGGAAAGAUUAUCGGGAUCAGCGGCAUCCACGCAAAAUAGUGAAUUCUUGGAUGGUGCUAGACCUUCAGGUGAUAAUGAAAGUUCCACAGGAAGUCUUACUCCAAUAUCUACUGGAAGUACCACCACGGGUGGAUUUAUGAGUUCAUUAUUUUCAAUCUCAAAUAAAAUUAAUGAGCCAGAUGAAUACUUCUCCGAUCAGAAACAAUAUAUUGAUGAUUUGGAAUACAACCUUAAACAAUUUUACAAAGCAAUUGAGUUGAUUGGCCAACAGCGAAUUGAUUUGAUUGGCAUUUUGGAAGAAGUAUCUAUUACAGUUGAUGAGUUGGCAAGUUUAGAGAUUCUGAAGAUAACCAGCGAUUUAUUAAUUGGGUUUAGUGAAAUUCAAUUGAAGAUUAGGGAUAAUUUAGAUCGAAUCAAUUUGCAAGAUCAAUUAACCUUGGGUUUUACCAUUGAAGAAUAUCUUCGAAUAAUUGGUCUGAUUAAAUUUGUGUUUGAUACUAGAUUGAAAAUCUAUCAACAGUACUAUAAUUUCAACCAAGAAUUAUCAAAAAAGCAAAAUCAAUUGGAUAAAUUGCAACGCAAGUAUAGUCGUGCCGCACCACAAGUGGACAAGAUCAACUCAUUAUCAUUUGAAGUUGAUAAAUUGAAACAAAAGACUAGUUCAUACGAAGCCAGUUUCAAUCAAAUUAGCGAAACUAUUAAAUUAGAAUUGGAGAAUUUUGAAUUUGAAAGAAUUGACGAUUUUAGAAACAGUGUCGAGAUCUUUAUUGAAAGCUCAAUUGAAUCGCAAAAGGAAGCUAUUGAAUUGUAUGAAACUUUUUAUGAGCGUCAAAAACUAGCUAGUGUGUAA